AUGGCACCCGAACAAGAGCCAAAAGGCUACCGAUGGGACAUCAUCACAGCGGAAGAACUCAAAUACGCUCCGCCGUACUUUCAAGAUGUCCCAGAAACGACGACGGAGGUGGAGUGCAAGCUCAGCGGCACCUGGCCCAAAUGGCUCCAUGGCUCUUUCCUUCGGGUUGGCGUAGGCCGUUUCACAGUCCCCACCUCCGAAGACGACUCCACACCCCGAGUCAUCAUCCAGCACCUCUUUGACGGCCUGGCCCUCCUCCACAAAUUCCGCAUGACCGACGGUCGCGUGUAUUACAUGAGUCGCUACACUUCCAACGGGAUAACGCGAGCCGCGCAGCGAGACGGCUACGUCAAGAACUCCUGGGUAGGACCGAAUCCCAACACGCCUCUUUUCGAAGCCCAGGAUCCGUGUUCGAAAUUACUUGGAGCGCGUCAAACCGUUUUCCUGCCUCAUGAUUCCAUCGAACCAGAUGCUCUUAAUGUUCAUGUUCAGCCGAGACGUGGCAUGCAUCUACCGGAGGAUAACAAUCCGAAUUCGAGGGGGGUCAAGGCGGAAGAUCCGGCUACGCAGGAGAUCCUCGUUCACACGGACUGGAACUGCAUGCAAAUCUGCGAUGCGAAGACGCUCGAGCCAAAGCGUUUACUCUCUCAUGCGGUCAUCGAUCCCGAGCUCGCUGGAACAGGUUGCUGUGCUCAUCCCGUCCAUGAUCGCAAGCGAGGACAGACGUACAACUACUUGAUCGACGCGACGGGGAUUAUGUAUAUUUUUGCGUUGGAUGUGGUGGCGAAUCCGGCGCGUCUGUUGUGGAAGUCGGCGCUGCCGUGUAAGCCGUGCUACACGCAUGCUCUUGCUAUGACGGACAAGUAUGUUGUAUUUGUCAGGAACCCUGUUAUAUUGGAUCUCAGUGAUCCGAGCAAGACCCUCGUCGAGGCGAUGGUAUGCGAGCACGACUCCCCUGUGUACUUCUACGUCCUAGACAAGGCCGAUGGCAAGGUCAUCGCAUCCUACCAAGUCCCCAAUUUCUACUUCUUCCACACAGCCAACGCCUACGACUACGUCGAUCCCAAAACGGGGCACACAAACGUCCAUGUCGACAUCGCGAGCUACAAGGCCGAGCACUACCCGUACCACGAGUACGCGAUCUCCAACGUCAUCAACCCGCUCAAACCCUACCAGACUGGCCGCCUCGUCCGCUACGAACUCUCUGCCGUCAACACGCGUGAUCCCGCAAUCGUCGCCCGCGGCACCGUCAAAGCCGCUAUUCCAGAUAUGAUGGCAGAACUACCUCGCAUCUCCAAAGCCGCUUCUAUGGACCCAAACUACCGCUUCGUCUACGGCGUCUCUGGAAACGGGAUCGCCGCGCCGGGCACAGAUGUCCCCAUCGGACGUCUCGGCAACGGCGUGGAUAUGCCACAUGCGUCUUUCUAUGGCCACCUCUUCAAGUCUGAUUGGCGGACUGGCACGUUCAAAGCGUGGGUGCCGCAGAACGGCGAGAGUUGUCCUACGGAGCCGAUUUUCAUCCAGAGACCGGGUGCGACGGAGGAGGAUGAUGGGAUUGUGAUUACGAUUACGAUUAAUAAGGAGGGGACGAAUAGUAUACUUGUGGGGCUUGAUGGGAGGACGUUUGAGGAGGUGGCUAGGGCGGAUAUGCCACAGGUUUAUGCGUUGGGGCCACACGGGUCGUUUGUUGAGGGAGACUUUGGAGUUACAUCUAUAUCUAGCUUCUGGACUUCCUCCGCGCCAGCAACCAUGUCUGACGAUAACCCUCGGGCCUCUCAUGCCGAUUGCUUGGAUGAUGAGCUGGCUGCUCUGACGCUGCAGCUUGAGGAGCUCGGCGUCUACUCCGAUUCUGGCAAAGGGAAGCAUCCCGUGGAUCAACCUCCUGACGUCGAUGUUGCUUAUGGCCAGUUUCAGGCCGAACUUCAAGCUCACAAGGACUUUCUUGCCGACCAAAAGCUCGCCCAGAGCAUCGGAGCCGCUGUGCACUCCGAUAGUGCCAUCAUUGGGGAUCUUACCUCACAAGAUGUUCAGGCUCAUGCAGACCGCCGGUUUGCGCUGGAGUUGAGCAACAAUGAUCCUGAGAUCGAAGCCCCGCCGCCGUCUGUGCACGGAAAUCUUCAAAGCGAAGACCAUGACUGGAUGUCCACCGCCUCCGAACACAUCGCUGCUACUUCGGUCGUUGAGUUCUCCGAUGAUGAGGCAGAGGCCGGACCGUCUAUGUCCUACUUGGAGCGCCAAGCCGACACCAUCAAGAGAUUAUCGACGGAGUUCAAGUGCUGCACUUGUCUGGACUGA